AUGACGGCAACAACAACAACAGAAAUCUCUGAAAUUGAUCACAUUGUUGCAUCGGAACGAUAUCGACUGCAAACAUUUGAGAAUCUAACACAUCUUCCAUCCAUAACACGUCGUCAAUUGGCACUUGCUGGUUUUAUUUAUCGAGAAGAUGAAUGUGUAUGUUCACAAUGUGGUGUUAGUAUAAAUCUUGAAAAUAUCGAUGAAAAUUCUGAAUAUGCUUCAAAUUAUUUUCGAAAAUUACAUCGAAAAAAAGUUUCAUUUCUUGGAAAACGUUGUUCUUUUUUAUUAUGUGAAUCUGGUACAAAUAUUGAUGAUCUUCAUACACCAUUAUCAUCAAAACAACAACCACAAUGGGAUGAUGCUGAAGAACCUGAAUAUAUUAAUUAUACAGUACGUCUUCAAACAUUUGAAUCAUGGCCUGAAUCACAAAAACAAAUUAAUGGAGCACAAAAAACAUUUGUUACACCACAAACAAUGGCUAAACAUGGAUUUUAUUUUUCAGGACCUAAUGAUGGUGUAACAUGUUUCUAUUGUGGUAAUACUUUAGUUGAUUGGUCAUCAGCAAUAUGUUCUACAAAUGAAAAUAUUGUUCAACUUGAACAUGCACGUUUUUUUCCAUGUCGUUUUGUUAUUUAUACAGCUGGUGUUAAAUUUGUUGCUGAUGCUGGAUAUUUUCAAACAGUUUCUACUCAAGAACGAUGUGAUCGUAAUCCAAUGACAUCAAAACCUUUAACUAUGUCUAUAAGUAAUGAAAAAAAACCUCAAACAAUUGAUGAAUGUUUAGCAACAUUUGAAAAAUGGCCUCGAAAUGCUCCUAUAUCAGCGCAAGCAUUAGCUGAUACUGGAUUUUAUUAUUUAGGUGAAGAAUUACGUGUAAAAUGUUUUAUGUGUGAUCUUGAAGUUGAUGAUUGGCGUUAUGGUAUGACUGCUGUUGGUACACAUCGUAAACGUAAAAAUGAUUGUGAAGUAUUACGUGCAAUUGAUAGUAUUAAAACUGGUGAUAUACAAACUGUUAAUGAAAAAUGGCGUCUUGAAACACUUCUUGGUUUAUCAUUUAGUGAAUCAAAUACAAAUGAUCCUAAUCAAUUUGAAAAUGAUCAACGUUUAUGUCGUGAAUUAGCUGCAUGUGGUUUUUAUCGUUUUAAAAAUACAAAAUUUAUUCGUUGUGCAUAUUGUGGUGUAACAAUUGAACCAAAAUUAGGUCAGUCAAUUAUGUCACAACAUCGUUAUUUAACUAAACAAUCAAUUAAAAAAAAAACAACAACAACAACAACAAAUGAUCAACACAAAGGACCAACAGUUGAUUGUCUUAUGGUACGUGCACAAUGUCCAGCUAAUAUUGUUAUACCACAUCGAGAACGUUUUCCAGAAUAUCCACGAUAUUCAUCAAUAUUUGAUCGUAUUAAAUCAUUUGAGAAUUCUAAAGAAAGACAUAGAACUGAUACUUAUUCUAUACGUGAGAAAGCAGAAGCAGGAUUUUUUCUUGAUGAACAACGACGUAUGCGAUGUUUUCAAUGUGGUAAUGCAAUACCAAUUAGUGAUAAAAUACGACGAGAAAAAUAUUCACAAUAUAAUAUAGCACAAUUACAUGCUCAUUUUUAUCCAACAUGUGAAUGGGUUAAAGAAAUAUUAGGUGUUAAAUAUAUUGCACAAGUUCUUCAUGAUCGAAAGAAAUCAAAUGAAGCACAAAGUCAAACAUCAUAUUAUGCACAAACAUCAUCAUUAUUAUCUCCAGCGACUGCAGAUUCUGCCUCGUCUACUUUAACGACAUCACCGAUGUUUAAUGGUACAGAUACUGUAUCAGCUAAUUUGACUAUAUCACCUAACGUUAAUGAUACAUCUCCAUCGUUGACACAUAAGAUUGAUGAGAUUUUUCUAUCCGAAGAAUCUGAAGAUUCUUCAGAAGAUGAAGAUCUUGAACCUGUAGCUGUACCAUCUACUACGCAUUUUAUUUCUGGUAUUCUAUUUCCACAAUCACCAGCUCUAUCAGCACCUCUACAAUCACCACCUCCACCAGCAACACCACCUCCACCAGCAACACCACAUGAAUCAUUAACAACAGUAAAAGCUGAAACAUGUUCAGAUCCUAUCACUUGUAAUGGUCCUAGUCAUAGUCAAGUAACGCCGGCUAGUAUGUCAAAGAAUAUAAAUCCAUUUAAACAAAUUAAAGAACAAGAACAAAGACGUGAACGUAACAACGAGAGUACUUCAUCAGAUAGUGGUUCACAUGACUUAUCACCUUUAAUUGAAUCUUCACCAUCUAUUUCUUCUCCAGUUGAUAUACGUUCGUUACUCGCUCAUGAAUCAAAUCGUUUAGAUACAUUUAUAAAACAUAAUCGUGAAACAUUUGCACAAGUUCCUGUUGCACAUCUUGCUUAUGUUGGAUUUUAUUUAAAUGGUGAAGGUACUGCUAUUCAAUGUCCAUGGUGUGAAGUCUAUUUAACUGAAAGACAAUUUGAAGAUAUUAUGCGUACACGACCAACUGUUGCACGUUCAGCAGUAAGUGAUGAACCAUGGACACCUAUGCGUGUACAUCGACAUGCAAAUGGAAUAAUGAUGGAUCAAACUCAUCCAUGGUGUACAUGGGUUAGACGAGAAGCCGGUGGACUUUAUCCAAAUGUUACAAUGUUAAAAAGUCAAUUGCUUUAUCCAGAAUUUCCAUCUUAUUCAAAAAUUGAAAAACGUAUUAAAUCAUUUACAUCUGAUUGGGUUUAUCCAAGUGGUAGUCGUCUUUCGAAUCAAAUGAUGGCCGAAGCUGGAUUUUUCUAUAUGGGUGGAGGUAAUGUUUGUUGUUAUUAUUGUGGUAAUAAAUUACAAAAUUUUGAACCACGCGAUUGUCCAUUUGAAGAACAUGCAACGUUUUAUCCUCUUUGUGAUUUUAUUCAAAAAGUACGCGGUCUUGAUUAUGUGAAUCGUAUUAUUUUAGAAUGUGGACGAAUUCCACAAGGACGAUUAAAAUAUGAAGUGUUUGGUACACAAAAAAUUAAACGUAUUAUAUUUGAUAAAAGUGGUGCAACAAAACGUAAAAGUGAACGUCCACCAGUUAAUAGAAUAAAUUCAUUUUCAUCUCGUUCAUUAAGUCUAAAUAUUGCAAGUUCUGAAACAAUAGAUAAUGCUUGUCUUAUAUGUACAGCAAAUGCAGCUACACAUGAAUAUGAUCCUUGUCAACAUUUUCCAAUGUGUCAAGAAUGUUGUGCUCGUUUAGAUCAAGAACAACUUCAAAGAUGUAUGCAUUGUUUUCGACCAGCUACAAUACGUAUGCGUGUACCAACAACGCCACUUACCCAGUGA